AGUUUGCUGGCUGUCGUUCACAUAUCCAUAGUGACACAUGAAAGUUGAAGCAUGGAUCCUGUAAAAAUGGAUUGCCAAGGCGUAUGGCAUAUUGAUGAGAAGUGCUUGGCCCCUUACUCUGACAAUGACGAGCUUAAAGAAGCUGUUGUGAAGUCCAUUGAGCAUAAGGAAGACGAGAUAUCCUAUGCAGUGGUUUCAUUUAUGGAUGCGACAGAAAGGAGAAUACCACUCAGACAUCUCUGUAAAGCUAGUGAUUACAAUAAUUGCUGGAACACUUCUAUUUUUGAUGAUGAGGACCUGGAAAAACCCUUUUUCCCAGAUCAGAAACCUGCAGCCCCUGCUGCAAGUUUCCCACUGUCAAAUACUGGAGUCUUUGUGCCUUUUACUAUUAAUAGGUAUUUACGUGAUUACCAAAGAGAUGGUAUUCGAUUCCUGUAUGAGCACUACAUGCGAUCAACUGGAUGCAUCCUUGGAGAUGAUAUGGGGCUUGGGAAGACAAUACAGGUCAUAUCCUUGCUAGCUGCAGUCCUACACAAGACAGGAACACGAGAGGACAUUGAAAAUAAUAUGCCUGAAUUUUUACUGAGAACAAUGAAGAAGAAAUGUUCUACAGAAUCCGUGAAAAGGGUUUUUCUAAUUGUGUCACCUUUGUCUGUGCUGUACAACUGGAGAGAUGAACUGGAGACUUGGGGCUAUUUCAAGGUAGCAAUCAUUCAUGGGAAUAAAAAAGAUUUUCAGCUAGGGCGACUGAAACAAGGAAAAUAUGAAAUCGCAUUGACUACAUAUGAAACUCUUCGUCUGUGUUUAGAUGAUUUAAACAGCAUAGAGUGGUCAGCAGUCAUUGUGGACGAAGCACAUAGGAUAAAAAAUCCAAAAGCAAGAGUUACACAGACCAUGAAGUCUUUAAGGUGUAAAGUCCGCAUUGGACUUACAGGAACCAUUUUGCAAAACAACAUGGAGGAGCUGUGGUGUGUUAUGGACUGGGCUGUACCUGGAUGUUUUGGAAGCAAAAAUCAAUUUAAGGAAGAAUUUUCUAAUCCAGUAGAACUUGGACAACGUCACAAUGCCACAAAACGAGAGUUAGCCACUGGGAGAAAAGUCAUGCAGAAGCUGGCAGUUAAAAUGUCUUCAUCGUUCCUGAGGCGUACCAAAGCUCUUAUAAGUGACCAGUUACCAAAAAAGGAAGAUCGGAUUGUCUAUUGUGCUUUAUCAGAGUUCCAGAAAGCAGUAUAUCAAACUGUUCUUGAAACUAAGGAUGUCAGCUUGGUUCUUCGAGGAGGUGAGACGUGUAGUUGCAGCAGUGGACUGAAAAGGAGAAGAUGUUGUUAUAGGAAAAACCAGUAUGGCGAAAGUGUGAAGACCCUUUAUUUCAGUUAUCUGGCUAUCCUUCGUAAAGUAGCAAAUCAUGCAGCUCUUCUACAGUCAGAUGCCAACACCAGCAAAAAACAGGAUGCUCAUAUUCAAAGAAUCUGCGUUGAAGUGUUCUCCAAGUUUCCAGAGUUUGUCCAGCAAAGCAAAGAGGCUGCAUUUGAAACCAUCUCUGAUCCUAAGUACAGUGGGAAAAUGAAGGUUCUUCAGCAGCUCCUAAAUCACUGCAGAAAAAACAAGGACAAGGUUCUUCUUUUCUCCUUCUCCACAAAGCUUCUAGAUGUUUUGGAAAGAUACUGCAUGGCAUCAGGACUAGAGUAUCGGAGACUGGAUGGUAGCACCAAGGCAGAAGACAGAGUUAAUAUAGUAAAGGAGUUCAACACUGUACAGGAUGUGAACAUUUGCUUAGUUUCAACCAUGGCUGGCGGACUAGGGCUUAAUUUUGUUGGAGCAAACAUAGUGGUGAUCUUUGAUCCAACUUGGAAUCCAGCAAAUGACCUCCAGGCAAUUGACAGAGCCUAUCGAAUUGGACAAUGCAGGGAUGUAAAAGUAUUUAGGCUAAUAUCCCUGGGCACCGUGGAAGAAAUGAUCUAUUUAAGGCAGGUUUACAAACAGCAACUUCACUGUGCGGUGGUUGGAAGUGAAAAUGCUAAACGCUACUUUAAAGCUGUCCAAGGAUCAACAGGGCACAAAGGCGAAUUAUUUGGUAUCCACAACCUGUUCAAACUGAGAAUUCAGGGGACAUGUCUGACGAGGGAUAUUUUAGAGCGUGAAGGUCAAGUUGAAGCAGGAAUCAAGAGUGCAACCAUGUACCUAAGUCAGCAAUCGGUAACAAGUGACACAAACACAGAUGGAAGUAUAGAGAAUGAAGAGAAGAAUCUUAAAUCCCAUCAUCGGUUUCCAAAGGAGGGCUUUGAUUUCACUAGUGAUAGUGAUGAUGAAAUUAAUGAUGAUUCAAGGAGAAAAAGUAACGCCUCUGCAGGUGCAGACCGUGGUAAACAACUUACAUUACAGCAAUGCGAUUUUUCAAGAUUGCUUGAGACAGCACUUGGUGAUCAAGACAAGAAGUCUGACCUUUCAGGAAGCCCCUCAAGUGAACAUUCUAAAAUCAAAAGCAACAAUGCUUAUACAGCUUGCAAGUUCAAAAAAGGUUUAGAAGUCACUGGAAAAGAAAGAAGAAGCAGUAAUUUGGGCUUGAAUAUAUUAUCUGAUUCUGAUGAAGAUUCAGACCCAGUGGUAAAAAACAAAGGGCAGAUUUCAGAAGCUGUCAUGGAGACUAACAGCAGCUCAGAUGAAAGUGAUAAUGUUGUUUUCCCCACCCAAGCCAAUAAAAGUAAUGUACCCAUAAAAUCUGCCAUGAGGGCAAGAGUUAUGCCACAAUCUGAUGAAUCGGUGAGUUCAGAUUUUGAAUGUAACACUCCAAAAAAGAAAAUGAGGAACCUGUCGGACUGUGGCAGUGACUAUAUUAGUGAUGAGUCUGACGACAUUGCAAUACCAUCUAUACCUAGCUUUCUAAAACAAAGAAACACUUCAUAUCCCAGCAAAGGUGAUACAGAAAAAAAGAAUUCACAGACAAUAGAUGAUUUUUCUUCAUCUGAAGAUGAUGACUUUCAUGGCGACAAAAUAUUUUCUCAUCAUCCCGAGCAGACAGGCAAAACCACAAUAUACAAAGAUUCAAACUCAAACAGAUCAACAACAAAAAUGAAGUCUGUAGUUCACAAGAAAUACUCCAGAACAAAUUUGGACAACAGUGCUACUGAUAAAACACUCGUCACUCAGAAGGAAAGUCUGGGGUCUCUGGACAGAAUUUUCGAUGGUGUGGCUGAAGUUGCUUAUAUUCAUUCAAAUCAAAAUGUGGUUGGUUCGAGCAAAGCCGAGAAUCACAUGAGCCGCUCAGCAGUGCGAGAUGUAUUUGAAUUAAAGCAGUUCUCCCAACUCCCUGCCAAUAUUACUUCCCACCUUCUGGAGAAAUGUGACUUUACCAAACAAAAAAUAUUAUCACAGAAAAAUAAGGAAGAAGAAAAGGAAAGCAACAGCAUCUUACGGUAUCCACUAGUCCACAAGCAAAGUCAAGUACUGCAAGUUAGUGAAAAAAUGUUUCUGUUAGGAGAGACUCCCAGAUCAAUGAUAAAGAGACAUUUUGAGCAGAUGGUGUCAUAUUUCAAAAUGGACUCAACCGAACAGCUAGCUCACCACCUCGUGAAAGUGAACUCACAUGUACGGCAAAGUAUGCUCCGAGAAUUUUAUGCCAGUCAACAUACAGAGGUGGCAGAGUUAUACCCUGUGCAUGCUCCACUUCUUGAAAGAGAAAGGGACAGUAUUCCCAAAAUUAGGGAUGUUGAAAUCAAAUCAAAAAAGCGACGUAAAAAAACUCACUUACCCAAGGAAGCCUUGGAGACGCAUGUAAAUACUAACAGUAACCACACUAUAGUAUUGGAUAUUGAUCUUGCUGAAAGUGAUGACAUUAAACCUGACAAGAAAAUAGAUACGCCUCCUAUCACAGAGAAAGGAACGCAAUGUCAAAGCAAUACUCUACAAAGGAUGUGUUCACCAUAUAGAGAAUUUGAAAUGGCAGAGCCACAUACAAGUGCUAUAUCUGACCAGAUCAAUAAUGUCACACACUACAAAGCACUGAAGCAAGAAAAAGUGAAAAAUAAAGCAAAAUCUGUCAGUGACUUGCUUGGUGAUACAUCCAUACUUGAUGAUCUUUUCAGCAAUUCCACUCUCCGACAAGCAUCUGCCUUACCAGUAAGAACCCAGUGUGAUUCGGUCACAACUAAAUUCAGGCACCGCACUAAAGAUUUCUGGGAUAUCCUCACUGAACAAAAUGAUGAAAGUAUUAACCGGCUCACUGACUUGUCUGUCAUUGAAAAAGCUUGUGAGACGUCCAUUGUGCCUUCAGUGGCUAAGAAAGAAACGUGGAAUGAUUCACUGUGGGUAAACAAUGACAAUUUUGUAUGGAAGAAAUAUGAAACAAGCAACUCGGAAGCCCCGUCCUCAAGUAAAUCAUGCCAUCAAUAAUGUAUACAGGUUUAGAUAUUGAUUAAGGUGAUCUAC